AUGGCCCCGAAAGUUCUCGUCGUUCUCACGUCUCAGGACAAGAUCCCAGCGACUGGCAACCCCUCUGGCUGGUACUUGCCAGAAUUUGCCCACCCCUACGAAAUUCUCAAGGACAAAGUUGAAUUAGUGAUCGCCUCGCCCAAAGGGGGUGUCGCUCCGCUAGAUCCUGGGUCCGUUACGGCAUUCGCCAAUGAUCCAGUCGCUUCCUCAUUCGCGAAGGAAAAGGAGGCUGUUUGGAGUAAUACCGUCAAACUCUCCGAAGUCAAGGCCGGAGAUUUCGAUGCCAUCUUUUACGUCGGCGGUCAUGGACCAAUGUUCGAUCUCCACAAUGACAAAGACUCCCUCGCGCUGAUCCAGCAAUUUGCGGAACUUAAGAAGCCCGUAAGCGCCGUGUGUCAUGGAUCAGCUGUUCUCCUGAAAGCAACUGCUGGUGGAAAGCCUCUCAUCACAGAUGCCAAGGUGACGGGAUUCUCUAACGCGGAAGAGGGAGCAGUCAAGAUGGCACAAUACAUGCCCUUUGAACUAGAGACCGAGCUGAAUAAAGUGUCGAAUGGCGGAUAUGUCAAGGCUGAUGAGCCCUGGGCAGAGAAGAUUGUUGUGUCCAGGGUGGUUGCCACUGGCGCUCCUCUGAUUACAGGGCAGAAUCCAGCCAGUGCCUCCGGAGUAGGGAAGGAGAUUCUCAAGGUAUUGGGAUUGUAA